GCAAUUAAUUUUUUUUUUGUUGAACAAAAUAUUACCAAAAAAAAAAAUUCUUCUAAAUGUCAUUCAGUAUUAUUUAUGCUUUAUAAAUUUAAUGAAGAAAAUUAAUUAAAAUUCAAUUCAAUGGCAACAUCAUCAGCGAAUACAAAAAGUUUAACAAAUCAUGUUGAAGAUGCAACACGUACGCUAUGGGAUGAACCAUUAGCACCAAUACCAGAUGAAAUACCAAUUCGUCAAAAUCUUGAUGAAAUAUCAAAUAUUAUUGAUGAAAUUGAUAAUGUUGUCGAAAUUGAUGAUCAAAAAAAUAAUCAAAACAAAAAAGAUGCCAAUAAUAAUAAUAAUAAUAAUAAUAUUAAUAUUAAUACAAAUCAUAAUAAUGAUAAUAAUAAUAAUGGCCUACAUCAUAAUGAAUCAAAUAUUAAUGAUAAUAUCGAUAUACAACAUCAUGAUCGUUUACAUGAUAGCCGUAAAAUUGCCAAUCAACAAAUUCUUUCGAUCAAUUCAGGACCAAUGUCUGAAGGUUUAUUAAAAGUAGCUACUCCUAGUUCAUUACAAGAUACGGCAAAAACAAUUUGUUAUUUUAUGUCUUGUUUGUUAAUUAUUGGAUUUAUAUUUAUUAUUAUAGGAACAUUAUUAUAUAUGGAAAAACAAUCCGAUUAUAUGUUUGUUGCCACUGUUUCAUUGAUAUCUGGUAUUAUUAGUCUUGGUUCAUCUAUUGUUUAUUUUGUUGCUUAUUUUAUUACUAAAUGUUCAAAAAGAAUUGAUGAAUCCGAACAGAAAAGAUAUAAAGCAAAUCAAUUACAAUCAUCAUCAUCAACAACAACUGUUAAUUUAACAAUUUCAAAUAAAUUUGCAUUUUUAAAUGUUGAUGAUCUUGAACAACAAAUAACACCAACGACAAAAAUGACACAUACUGAAGAAGAUAAAAACAUGUCAAAACUAAUAACGAAAGAUGAAUUACAUCAAACACCAAAUCAAACAAAAAAUCAAUUUGAUGCAAAUUGGCGUCGUUCAAAUAGUUCAAUAAGCAAUGGCGGUGGAAAUAGAAGCCGUUCAAGAAAUCUUUUGGAUACAUUUACUUUUCGUAGUCCAAGUCAAUUUCCAUCAUUUUCAAACGGUUUACAUAGUCAUACAGCAAAUGUUCAACAUAAUUCUCAACAAACAAGACGUUCAUCAUUGGAUAUUGGUUUAAAUAAUUCUUCAUCAUCAACAACAGCAAUUGAUGAUCUUGAUGAUUCGAAUAUAAUUGUUAUUAAUUCGGGUGUAAAAAAAUCGCUAACUAAUGGAAUGUCUAAAAAUGGAAGUAAAAAUUCAUUUGAACAACCAUUUGUGAUUGUACAAUUCAAUAAAAAUCCAUCGACUAAAUUAGUCGCUUGA